CGGUCGCGGCGCCUGCGCCCCGCCCAAAUCAUAACGCACAGGCACAUCACACAAACGCCAACCAAACGCCACCCGAUAAAAAAGAACAGAGCGCCACGAGCGGGCGCGGCGAUGCUCCAGGUUCGCGCGUCCCCGACCUUCCUCCCCUCCACCUCCUCAUCCUCGUCGCAGGCGCCGACGCACUCCCCGUUCUCGGGGAAGAGCCAGCGGCGCGGCGGGCUGGCAGCGGCGCCGUCGGCGAACCGCGUGGCGAGGCGGUCCGGCGUCGUCAUGGCAGCGGCCGCGGCGGCAGCCAAGCUCGAGGACGCCGACGCGCUCAUCGACUCCGUCGAGACCUUCAUCUUCGACUGCGACGGUGUGAUCUGGAAGGGCGACAAGCUGAUCGACGGCGUGCCGGAGACUCUAGACUUGCUCAGAUCAAAGGGCAAGAGGCUGGUGUUCGUGACCAACAACUCCACCAAGUCGAGGAAGCAGUAUGGCAAGAAGUUCGAGACGCUGGGAAUGAGCAUCGACGAGGAAGAGAUCUUCGCUUCGUCUUUUGCAGCCGCUGCGUACCUGCAGUCCAUCGAUUUCCCCAAGGACAAGAAGGUGUAUGUCAUUGGAGAGGAAGGGAUUCUGAAGGAGCUAGAGUUGGCUGGAUUUCAGUACCUCGGUGGGCCCACAGAUGGAGACAAGAAGAUAGAGCUCAAGCCUGGUUUUUACAUGGAGCAUGACGAAGAUGUGGGAGCAGUUGUGGUCGGAUUUGAUCGCUACUUUAACUACUACAAAGUUCAGUAUGGGACACUAUGCAUCCGUGAGAAUCCAGGGUGCCUUUUCAUAGCAACAAACAGGGAUGCUGUCACUCAUCUUACUGAUGCCCAAGAAUGGGCAGGUGGUGGAUCAAUGGUCGGUGCAAUUCUUGGUUCAACUAAACAAGAACCGCUCGUAGUUGGGAAGCCAUCUACUUUCAUGAUGGACUACCUGGCAAAGAAGUUCGGAAUCACAACAUCCCAGAUAUGCAUGGUGGGUGACCGGUUGGAUACUGAUAUCCUGUUUGGUCAAAACGGAGGCUGCAAGACUCUGCUUGUUCUCUCAGGUGUGACUUCCCUGCAGACGCUUCAGAGCCCCGACAACUCGAUCCAGCCAGAUUUCUACACAAAUCAACUUUCAGAUUUUCUCACCCUCAAAGCAGCAACUGUCUGAAGGACGAGCCCGCCUUCCUUUUGCAUAGGCAGCAUCGACCAUUUUUUUUGUGUGUAACAAAUAAGGAAACACAAAGGAUGGUUUUGUUUUUCUCUGUGUAAUCAUGAGAUAUCGCUUUGUAACAUCAGUCAUGCACAUAUCACAAGGAUGCCAAGAAUUACUCUAGAUUCUGCA